AUGGAGACGGAUAGGGCAUGGACCAAGUCAACGUCACCGCUGGCGUCAGAAUUGGUGCCCAAUGAACCACAGGACGAUCUGAGAAUUGAAUUUUUUCGCCAUCUUGUGUUCUGCACAUUCCCAAAUGUCAAGAGCGACGAAUUGGAUCGCAAGUUUGCGACGGACGUCGUGGCUACAAGAUUGUUCGAAUUUUUGCAUGUGCCCGAUGCGCGACUGCUACUAUUUACAGAUUUUGGAGAUGAUCACAGUGGUUCCGUGGACGUGUAUGCUUCGCCGCCUGCAAAGCUAUUCGAUGUCACUCCUAAGCCCAAGAAUCGGAAGCCAGUCACGGUCUUAUACGUACUCAAGACGGUCAAGGCAGCCGUGAGUACAACCAAAUUUGAUGACGAAAUCAUGUCAGGAACUUUAGAAAGAAACGCUCUUGAGUCACUAGCACAGAUGUUGCGCGAUGUCUAUGUGCCACUACUCGGAAACCCGCGGAAUCAGGCGAUGUGGCCAGAGAUGGUCACAACGUCAAUAAUUGCCAAAGCUCAUGGCUUCUUUUCGAAUUUACAAAUAACGCUUGGACAGACAAAAGGGGCUACUUGUCUUGCACUACCAUGGGAUGGGGCAAUCAUGGAGAGUGCAGCUAAGUCGAUUCCUAGAGAAGAUGCAGCCGAUUUAUUAUCAUCUACUUAUACGACAGAUUAUAAUUCAAUAAACCGACAGGGAAGAAAUUACGUACAUAGUUUAGAAGGAUGUCUCAUCACUUGGACCAAGCAGAUCAAAAGCAUUCUUAAUCAAGAGCCAGAAUCUCUGUUAAAUCAACGGGGCUAUGCACAGCAUGGUCCCAUGGAAGAGCUUAACUUUUGGGCUACCAAAGCUAGAAACUUAAAUUCAAUUUUUGCUCAACUCCAGUCUGAAAAUAUCCGUAAAGUCUUGCGGUAUCUCGACACGUCAAAGAGUACCUACAAUAUUCCGUUUGCAAAGCUAUGCAAGGAGGUAUUUCUCGCUAGAGCUGAAGCCAACAAUAAUAAACUCUACUUGUGGCCUUUGGCGGAGUGGUUCGAAAAGCUAGCAUGCGCACAAACACUGGUAGAGGUUCAAAAUCUUUUGCGACCCAUUUGCCAUUUAAUUUUUCUGAUCUGGAAGUCAAGUCAAUUUUAUAAUACCUCGGCUCGCCUUGUUGUAUUGAUUCGACAAAUUUGCAGCGAAAUUAUUCGAAAGGCCACGCUGCACCUCAAUGGCGAAAAAGUGUUUGAGCUCAUUGAACAAGGCGAGCCGGAAAAAAUUAAGUUGAUGCUGUACGAAUCACUACAAAUGUGUGCUCAUUUUAAAAGUGUCUACUUUGACUACAAGGCAAGAUCUAUGACGGAAGUACCGAAAAAUCAGUGGCGGGUUCAGAAUAAUGCGUUAUUUUUUCGUCUGGAUGCUUUUCUAGAAAGAUGUCACGAUGUUUUAGAGCUUGUUCAAACUAUUUGCCAAUUUGAGAAGCUUGCACAGAUGGAAAUUGGAGGUACUAAGGGUAGAACACUAACGGCAAGUGUGCACCAAAUUUAUAAAGAUUUUGAAGAAACGUCUGCGCGGAUGAAGAAUGUACAAUAUAACCUCAUGGACAUCGAUGCCAGAGAUUUCGAAAACGACUUUUAUGUCUUCCGCUUGAAAAUAAAAGAGUUGGAACGACGGUUAGCAUCUGUGAUACAUCAAGCUUUUGACGAUGCGAAUACAAUCGCGGGACGUGUCAAGUGUUUGAGCUACUUCAAAGAUCUACUUGAUCGACAAAUAAUAAAUAACGAACUUGAGAGGAAGCAUGCUUCGCUGAUCACAUCGUACGCAAGCGAACUUCAAGUGGUGCAACAAAUAUUCAUCGAGAACCGUGAUCAUCCGCCUAUAUCACCCAAUCACCCACCGUUUGCCGGUGCAGUUUCGUGGUGUCGUGGACUUAUGGAGCGAAUCAAAUCUCCUAUGGAAAAGCUUAGACAAACCUCUCCAAGUAACGUUCUUGAGCGCGAGGAAUCUAAAGAAAUAAUAAAAUUGUACACAAACAUGAUGGUGAUGCUGCAAGAGUAUGAGGCUCAAAAUGUCCAAAAGUGGGGGUCUUCCAUUGAAACUUCUUCAAAAUCAAAACUCAAGCUUCCACUUUUGAGGCGUGAAUUUGCUUCUGAGUCUGUCAAUACCGAUACAACAAAUGCAGACGGCCCGAGUUUGCACCGACCACAAACUGAAGAAUUUCAGCUCGGGAUAGGUCGGUUGGUUGUCAACUUCGAUGUUGCUUUAGUGCAGUUGUUACGCGAAGUGAAAUAUUUUUUGUUGCUUCAAGUAAAUGUUCCAGAGGAUGCAUUGGAGAUAUACAAACGCGCAGAAGUAUUCCAAAGGCAAACUGGAAAUUUGGAAUUGAUUGUCGAUAUGUAUAAUACCAUCCACUUGACCCUUUUACCCGUUGAAAGACCUCUUGUAAGGAGCUAUAUCGACCGAAUGGAUCAAGUAUUAAACAAAGGCAUCAAAGCUCUAAACUGGAAGUCCCAUGGUAUCGACGUAUAUUUGAAAGAGUCGAUGGCUGCCGUAAACGAAAUCAACACAUUGCUGAGCCAGCUAAAGUCGCAUCGAAACCGCGUCAUCGAGCUACUGGAAAUCUGGUCUAUACCACCUCUGCUCUUCGAGUGGCAAAAUACAACAUUAUCAGCUGAACAAUUCGAACAGCUACAGACGACUUUGUGUCAUCAAAAGUACCAUGAAGUUAGGGAAGGGGGCAUCGAAAUUCACAAUCUGCUAAAGAGUAUCUUGAAGCUUGUACGUGUAGCGCAAGGAAGUCCUGAUUGGAGGGCUUACGUUGACUACGUCAGCAAAAUGGUGGAAGAUGGGCUAACACGAGUGAUUGUUCAAUCUCUAAGCCAAUUAAAGGAGCAAAUGGACCCAAAUCGUUUUGAGACCGACGGUAUACCGGCCUUGCUCGAAGUAGAGUUACAUUUGUUUGGUAAAGACAUCGUCUAUGUUCCGCCCAUUCAAAGCACGUCGGCAAAAUCUAGCUUAGAAGACCUCAUCAUGCGACGAAUAGAAGCGAUUGUCAAUUGUUCCACACUUCUUAAGCGGCUGGACAGCUCUGGAGGUACUUACCUGAAUAAUAUGCAAGAAAACAUGCAAAUAUGUGUCAUCAUAGCAGAUAUUCGGUCAUUUAUUGAGCAGAACAACAAAUCUUGUGCUGCGUAUCGUCAUGCGCACACAAAGUAUGAAUAUUUAUGGACGACGGAUUUGACGCAGAUGUUUCAUCUUUUUUUAUCAACGGCAUGGCUCCUAAUUCCGAAGAAAGAUGACAAGGCUUUUCGUGGCGAAAUUAUUUACGCUGACAAUCUGCCUUCGCCGAAAUCCCUACAAUCCAAGUCUAAAGGAAAGGAUUUGAGCUAUUCUAAGUUGGAGAGUAAUAUUCAUAAUACUCAUUCUGCUAUGAAUGUACCUCCUCCGGUUCCUGCUCAGCUGCUUGAUCUCAAACGUUUCCAAGAAAGAAUUAGCUUUUUUCUAUGUCUGCAAAAUGAGAUCUCCGAAUCAAAGCCUAUAAAAGACGUAGGGUUUGUGCGUGUGAAUUGUCUCCCGAUUAAGCAGGCCUUGGCGACUUGGGUGACAAAGUGGGUGUAUUUGUUCACACAAUUUUUGCACGAUCGAGUCCUUGAUCAGCUUGUGUGGGCUGACAACUUCAUGCGGAACGUUAGAAUUGGUCUGGAAGCUGACUUUGAAGGUGUGAACACUGAAAGGAAGACUACUUUGCUGAUGCAGUGUAUGCUGCACAUCCGUGACGUCCGCCUUUUGUUGCGUGAAAACUUGCUGAUGAACUUUGAACCGUUAAAGGAAAUUGUUGCACUACUUAAGACGCAUGGCAUUGCUCUGGAUUUGUCGUACGUUGGCAAGGAAAAUGUGGCAACGUUUUUAGAGAAAGCGCCACUUAGGUGGGAGAAAUUAGUAAGCGUGACAUUCAAGAGAAAGGAAAUGAUUCAGCCGUUACAAAAUCAAGAGAUGGAAUCCAUACGACAAGAAGUGGCAGAGUUUAACAGGCGCCUACAUGCUUUAGAAGAGGAUUUUGAGAUCGUUGCACCUAUUCAGGCUCCUUCCGACAGGCAAUCGAUAGCUACUGUAUAUAGUCAACUAGAUGCAUACAGCGCCAAGCUCUGUCAAAUUGAAAAGGAAGCUUUAAGACUUUCGGAGCUGAAAGAUAUCUUCGAAGUUGGAUUCAGCGAAUUCGAAGUGCUGACCACGCUCCGCGUCAAAUUUGUUACGCUUAAGCACAUUUGGGACUUUGUCGCGCUUCUGGACUCAAUUUACGUAUACAAGUGGCAACCUUUACUUUGGAGCGAGUUGGAUGUUGACGUCUUAUUUGAAGAAAUUGAUGAGAUCGAGCAUCAGCGCAACACUUUGUUUACAUCUGCUCGCGCCGUGAAGAGAUGGCCUGUUUAUGAGUAUCUCGAGCAGAAGCUGCACCAAAUGACCGUUAUUCUACCUGUGGCUAAGCAUUUGCAUUCUCCAGCUAUGCGCGAUCGACACUGGAAAAGUCUGAUGAUGCUUACGAAUAAGCACUUUGAUUUGUCUAGUUUGGUUGCAAUGAACUCUUUUAGCAAUUCUGCGGUGGGGAAAAUCGUUACGGACUCAGAAGCUGUUAAGUAUGGCAGCAAAGGGGACAAUUCAUUGCAAUUCAAAGAAAUUCUAAAGCUGGAACUUCAUCGAUUUGUAAAUGAAGUUAGUGAACUGGUGGAGGUGGCAUCCAGGGAAUUCAAGAUCGAGCAAAAGCUGCAGUCAAUCGAUGCAGCGUGGAGCGGACAUCAGCUCGAGUUUGUACCGUACCGAACAACUGAAAGCACGACUUUGUCUAGUCACGGUCAAGAUCAUGAGUCGUCUAUUUCAGUUGAAGGCAAUAGUGAUAACUCUGAUGUCACUGCAAGUAGAAUUAUCUCAACUGAGACAGAAGCUGAUGAAAUGAAGGGUAGUAUAAUGAUCGUGAAAAUGCCUCAUAUCAUACUUGAGUGCCUCGAAGAGCACCAGCUACAACUGCAAACUAUGGCUGCUCUUGAAAAUUCUGUUGCCCAUUUUAAAGAUGAGAUUUUUGAAUGGCAGUUGCGCUUAGGCAACGUUGAUGCAAUUUUGAAGUUGUGGAUUACAUUGCAGCGACAAUGGUGCAGUUUGGAAUCCAUCUUCCUCAGUUCUGCAGGCGACAUUCAACAACAAUUACCAUCAGAAUACCAACGCUUCAAGCGUAUUGAUCAGGCAAUCAAAGAGCUUCUUGCAGAUCUCAGAAUGUAUCCAUCUGUGAUAGUCGCUUGCUGUCAGCGUGAGGGUCGCGAAGCCGUACUUCGUGGCUUACUGUUAGAGCUCGAGAUUUGCCAAAAGGCUCUCAAUCAGUAUUUAGAUGGGAAGAAAGACAUUUUCCCGCGAUUCUAUUUCGUCUCUACUGCAACAUUACUCGACAUACUGUCCAACGGCAAAUUUCCUCCCCGCAUCCAGCCCCACUUCGGAAGCUGCUUUGAUGGCAUACAAUCUUUUGAGUUCAUAAGUACCCAAUCUCGUCUAAAAUCAAAUUGUGAGAAAAAUGUGUCAGGCAUAAAGAUGACUGGGAUCAGAUGUGUAGAAGAGCAAUCUUUGGCGACGGCAAUGAUAUCAAAGGAAGGCGAAGUAGUACACUUUCCUGACUCACUCUUGAUUCAUGGUGCAGUUGAAAGCUGGUUCAAUGAUCUUGUGUUUGUGAUGAAAGACACUUUACGACAAAACGUCUUCAAGGCAGUCGAAAGUAGUGCCCAAUGGGGGGCAGACUGUGCUCGCCACGCGUGGGUCUUUAAUUACCCAGCGCAAGUUGCUCUACUCGGAAGUCAAAUCGUCUGGACCGAAGAAGUUGAAAAUGCAAUGGAAGAGUUUGAGAAUGGCGCGGAUGAUGCUAUCAAAAAGCAAUUUGAAUUAUUAACAGUGCGAUUGGAGGAGCUGAUCAAACUUGUUCAAGGUCAACUAGGAGCGUUGGACCGCCAGAAAAUUAUCACUCUUAUAACUGUUGACGUCCAUGCACGUGAUAUAGUGCAGUCUUUAAUCACAAAAAACGUCUCUAGCUCGCUGGACUUUAAGUGGCAGUCACAACUGCGCUACUACACUGCACCAGUAUCGACUAGCAACGACCAACUGGUUGACGAAGUGCUGAUUAAAAUUUGCGAUUUUCGAUCAUUGUAUAGCUACGAAUAUACAGGCAAUUGUGGGCGAUUGGUCAUUACUCCUCUGACCGACCGAUGUUAUGUAACUCUUACAACCGCGCUGCGAUUGUGUCUUGGAGGCGCGCCUGCGGGACCAGCCGGUACUGGAAAAACAGAAACGACGAAAGACCUUGCUCGUGGGAUGGGUCUACAAUGUUAUGUAUUUAAUUGCAGUGACCAAAUGAAUUACUUGACCAUGGCGAACAUCUUCCGUGGACUUGCACAAACUGGCGCGUGGGGAUGUUUUGAUGAAUUUAAUCGAAUCUCAAUCGAGGUUUUGUCCGUGGUAGCGAUUCAGGUGAAGACUGUGCUUGAUGCGAAUGCACUGCUUGUUUCCUCGACAGAUCGUGGAUCAUCUGUAGGCAGCAACAGUAUGUGUACAUAUGGAGGGGAUGGAAGUACCCAGCCGCCCUUAACUAUGCCGAAAACGGGAUAUUGCGAAUUCUUUGGUAAAACGAUCGCUUUAAUCCCAACAGUUGGCUUCUUUAUUACGAUGAAUCCCGGCUAUGCUGGCCGAGCAGAGUUACCAGAGAAUCUCAAAGCUUUGUUUCGGUCAUGUGCGAUGAUUAAACCUGAUUUGCAGCCUAUUUGUGAGAACAUGCUUAUGGCCGAAGGUUUUUUGAAGGCACGCAAGCUUUCCGUUAAGCUUGUCACGCUGUACGAUCUAAGCAGUGAAUUACUAUCAAAACAAAAACAUUACGAUUGGGGACUACGCUCUGUUAAGUCGGUCCUAAUAGUCGCCGGUAGUCUGCGACGUGCACAUUCUACCUUGUCCGAAGAAACAGUGCUGCUGCAAGUGCUUCGCGACCUUAACACACCACGAAUUCUCCUAUCCGACUACCCGAUCUUUAUGGGAUUACUUUGCGACUUAUUUUCGCACCAAAAGGCUGCACCUAUGAACAACGAUGCUCUACAAGCAAAAUUUGCUCGUGUGUGCGAGCAAAAGAUGCUUCAGCUUGAAGAAGGCUUUUUUAGAAAAAUGAUGGAGCUCGAAGAAGCUCUUAAGGUACGGCACAGUGUUAUGCUUAUCGGGCCCGCUGGAUGUGGUAAAAGCACUAUAUGGAAUACGCUAGCUGCUUGUCAUAAUGCUGAUGACAAAGGAAAUGCUCUGGCAAAGCAACUAACCGUUUAUGAGAGCGUAAACCCGAAGGCGAUCACAGCAGAUGAACUUUAUGGAUACACAAAUCUGGACAACGACUGGAAAGACGGCGUGCUGUCGUCUAUCAUGCGCAACAUGUCAAAAAAUGUGCAACCAUUUACCGACAUGCAGACAUACAAGUGGGUUGUUCUAGACGGUGAUAUUGAUGCCGUAUGGAUCGAAAGUAUGAAUACGGUUAUGGAUGACAACAAGGUGCUCACGCUGGUAUCGAAUGAGCGCAUUCCUUUGACACCGUCUAUGAGACUGAUCUUUGAAAUAUCGUCACUCGUAAACGCCACACCAGCCACAGUAUCACGGGCAGGAAUAAUCUACGUGGACAAGGGGCACAUCGGAUGGUAUCCUGCAGUUGAGUCUUGGUUGCAGCGGCGAGAAAGUAGCGCUGAAAAGCUGAUUCUACCUAGUCUUUUUAAAAAAUACGUGGACAAAAUGUUUUUGGCGCUGGAAGAAACAAAAGCAGAGUCGAUCGUGCCUGUUGUUCUCAUUGCACAGGUCGAAAUGCUGUGCCGUUUGUUAGAUGGAAUAUUGAGUAUGAUCGCAGAAAAAAUAAAAAGUCAUGAUGUUCUGGAGAAUGCUUUCAUCUUUUGUGGAUUGUGGGCAUUUGGGGGUGGUUUGGCAAGUGACAAGGGGACAGAUGAUCGUGCAGCGUUUUCAGCACGCUUUAAAGCUGUAGCAAAUUACAAAUUCACCUCCACUUCCACCAACUCCGAGUUAAAUUUAUAUUCAGUGGCUUCGGGAAGUGCUGACUCAAGUAGUGCAACGACUCUGAUGAGUGGCAAUGCGAAUCUUUUCGACUUGUAUUAUGACAUCACGCGGAAUGAAUUGUGCCACUGGAAUGAUAAAAUAUCAUCCCUCGUUAAUGUAUCAGAUGUCCCGUUAAAUACACUCUUGGUCCCAACUGUGGAAUCUACUCGACUGCAUUCGGUUAUGAACUUGCUUAUGUGCAAGAAGAAUCCGACCAUCCUAGUAGGUUCCAGUGGAACAGGCAAGUCGUCGUUAAUUCAAAACCACAUGAAAGAAUUGAAAGAUGACACGACCUAUGCAUUCAUAAGCAUGCAUCACUACAUGGAUGCACGUGAGCUGCAAACUCGUCUAGAGCAGCAUUUAGAGAAAAAAUCGGGUCGGGUAUUUGGACCACUCGGCAGCCGCAGACUCCUUUAUUUUCUGGACGAUUUAAAUAUGCCUUAUGUUGAAGAGUUUGGAACGCAAACGGCCCUUGCAUUGUUACGGCAAUACAUGGAUUACAAAUCGUGGUAUGACCGUCACGAUCUCUCAACUAAAAUGUUUAUCGAUGGUGUACAAUUUCUUGCCUCUAUGAACCAGAAGGCAGGAUCAUUUACGAUAAACUCUCGUCUUCAUCGUCAUUUUUCAACGUUGUGUGUUAGUAUGCCGUCUAAAUCUGAUCUCACGACAAUCUACUCUACGCUGCUACACCAGCAUUUGUUAGGUUUUUCUGACAAGAUCAAGAAACUGGCAUCCUCUAUUCUCAUGGCAACAAUUGAUCUGUAUACUGAGGUGCGUGCAAAUUUUCUUGCGACUGCUACAAAAUUUCAGUAUAUUUUCGAUAUGCGGGAUUUAAGCUCUUUGUUCCAAGGGAUAUUCAUGGCUCGGCCUGAAGCUUAUCAAAAUGAUACUUUUCAAUUUUCUCGUCUCUGGAUCCAUGAGUGCUUUCGCGUCUUCAGCGACCGAAUGAGCUCUCACAGCGACAUUCAGCGGUUUACUGAACUGGCUGUUGAGCAGACAAAGAAAAAUUUUGAGGACGACCAGAGCGAGAUCUUUGUGACACCGCUUAUUUGUGUCAACUUUUUAAGUGUCUCAUCGACGUCAACGGAAGAUCAGUACAGUCCAUCUUCUUUCAAUUAUGUCCCUGUAACAAGCAGAACUCUGCUUUCAGCAUGUUUGGAACAAAAGUUGGCAGAGUACAACGAGAUGCAUCCUGUUAUGAACCUCGUACUAUUUGACCAAGCUUUGGAGCACGUGACGCGAAUUGUGCGUAUUCUGGCGAGCCCACGAGGAAAUGCGCUGCUCAUUGGUGUUGGUGGUUCAGGGAAGCAGUCACUCUCACGCUUGGCAGCAUUUAUUCUUGGCUUCAAAUUAGAAUCGCUGUCCACUACUGCUAGUCCCUCUUACGGGAUAAACGACCUUAAAGAAGACCUAAAAGAGAUAUAUCGUAAAGCGGGCCUUCGUCCAGCAAAGUCCAUUGUGCUGCUAUUGACGGACUCACAAAUUACUGACAACCAAUUCUUGGUGCCCUUGGCGGACGCUUUACAUGGAAGUGCUCAAAAUUUGUUUACCAGCGAAGAAAUGGAUUCCAUAAUCGUCCCUCUACGAAUGGAAGCAAAGGCACACGGAAUACCAGAUACAAAGGCGCAGCUUCAAGAAUUUUUUUACGAGAGGGUACGAAGCAAUUUGCAUCUUGUCUUUGCCUUUUCUCCGAUAGGGGGCGACCUGCGCAUUCGAUGCAGAAAAUUUCCGUCGUUGAUCAGUUGCUGCACUAUUGACUGGUUUCAUCCAUGGCCUAGAGAAGCUUUAGUCGAUGUAUCUCUCACUUUUCUGCAGGAUAUUGAGCUGCCUUCACGUGCGAUUCGAGAGAACAGGUAUGGACGCCAGAACUACGUGACUCCGACCUCAUUCUUGGAGCUAAUACGCUUCUACCAGUCACUUUUGGCUUCGAAACGAUUGUCACAAACCUCUAAAAUUCACCGUCUUGAAGUAGGAAUACACACGCUAAAGAAGACUUCAUCUGAUGUCGCUAGACUCCAGGAUGAGCUCAAGUUGAAAAUGGAACAAGUGGAAGAAAGGAAAAAGGCAACUGACCUUCUGCUAGACCAGAUGGGGAAGCAGCGUGGAGAUGCAGAGGUGAAGCAACGUCGUGCCGAUGAAGAGCGCGCCAAGGCUGCUAGGGCAGCUGAAGCUGCUUCACGAAUUGAAGCGCAGGCUUCCGUUGAGCUUGCAAUAGCCAAACCUGCUUUAGACGCUGCUCAAGAAGCUGUGAACUGUCUCAAUAAAGCUUCAUUAACCGAAUUAAAAUCAAUGGGCAAACCUCCUGCAGGUGUGGAAAAGGUAACAGCAGCAGUCCUCAUGAUGAUCAAGAAAGAGACCAAAAAUUUUAGCUGGGAUAAUGCUAAAAAGAUGAUGGCAAAGGUAGAUGUCUUUAAGCAAUCACUGGAGCAAUAUGACAAGGAAAAUAUCCCUCCUGAUGUUGUUGCGCGAGUAGAGCCACUCAUCAGAGAAGAUCCAGACUUUAAUUUUGACAAGAUGAAGAGCAAGUCGGUAGCUGCCGCUAAUUUGUGUGUCUGGGUCGUGAAUAUCAUUACAUUUCACCAAAUCUUUUUGCGUGUCAAGCCGCUGAUGGAUACUCUCGAUAAGGCUCGUCAGACCAAGACUGAGGCAGAUCUUGAGCUAGCUAAAGUGCAGAAGAUGGUAGCAGAAGUCGAAGAACAUCUUCAUACUUUGCAAGCUUCCUUUCGGGAGGCAACGUCUGAAAAAGCAAAAGUAGAGGAUGAAGCACAAGUGUGUCAAGAACGACUGUCUCUUGCAGAACGCCUCGUGAACGGACUUGCAUCAGAGAAGGAGCGAUGGUGUUAUGAGGUCGACGUCUUGAAAGCUGGCAAAAAUGCUCUGAUUGGUGACUCGCUAUUAGCAGCAAGCUUUGUAAGCUAUAUCGGUGCCUUUAACGCAAGCUUCCGAGCUCAGCUAUGGAAAAACACUUGGGUGCCAGAUAUCAUAACCCGAGAGAUUCCAAUUUCGAUUGUAACCCCUGCAGUGGCCGUGACGGGUAGCGGCUUAAAUCAAGCUGAAAACAACGUCAAAGGAGAGCUGAUGACCGAUGAAAAUAUCUCACCUGAAGUAUCUUCAGCAUCCGCAUCCAGCGCUUCGAGUAAUAAUGUGGGCGUUGAUCCAGUAGACGUACUCAGUAACAGCAGUGACGUCGCUAAAUGGAUGAAUGAAGGUUUACCCUCCGAUCGGAUUUCGAUUGAGAAUGGAUGUAUUAUCACAUCAUGUCAGCGCUGGCCGCUUCUUGUUGAUCCUGAGUUACAGGGAAUGAUCUGGUUACGUGCACACGACUUUCGGCCUCAGCAAACUGAAAGUGCUGAACGCCAGGACGAAAUACAGCACGCAAAGCAGCCUCUAAUAGUAAUACAGCCUGCGCAAAAGAACUGGACAAACAUGUUGAAGAAGGCAAUCUCGAAUGGGCAGAAUGUUAUCAUAGAAAAUCUUGGCGAAACAAUUGACCCGUCUUUAGAACCUGUUAUCAUGCGGCAAAUCUAUAGAAAAGGACGCAGUCAGUUCCUUCACUUUGCAGCGGAGGAGGUUGAGGUAGACCCUCGCUUCCGAUUGCACCUGCAUACGAAACUUCCAAACCCACAUUUCCGACCCGAGCUUUUGGCGUACUGCACCUUAAUCGACUUCAGCGUCACUGAAGAGGGGCUCGAGGACCAAUUGCUUGCAAAUGUUGUCAAUCUGGAGCAGCCUGACUUGGAAACACAGAAAUGUCAGCUCCAACAAGAAUUUAACGGACAUCAAAUCCACUUACUUCAGCUCGAAAAUGAUUUGCUAGAGCGCCUGUCAAAUGCCCCGGAUGACAUCCUGUCUGAUAUUUUGUUGAUUGAAGGACUUGAGAAAUCAAAACGAACAGCACUUGACGUUGUUGAGGCAUUGCGGAAAGGUAAAGAUGCCGAGCGCGAGAUCAAUAUGGCUCGUGAAGUCUACCGCCCAGUUGCAAACGAAGCGGCUAUGAUGUAUUUCUUAAUGGGCCAGAUGUGCAAGGUGAAUCACAUGUACCGCUACUCACUCGAAUCAUACAAUACUUUUUUCUUUGUGGCCUUAAAAGGAGUGAGAAGUGAUCAUACUUCUGCUCGUGAUCGAGUAGAAAUGAUGAAGGAGGCUCUUCGCUGGACAAUCUUCUCAAUGGUGACGCGGGGUCUUGUUGAAGAGCAUAAGUUUUUGUUUCUGACGCAAUUGGUGUUCAUGUUGCUACGACGUGGGAUGAUUGCUCCGAGCAGCGGCUAUAAACCACAAUUUUUAUCAUUUUUGCUGCAAGAUUUAAAGGUCGUGGGGACACAAAAUACUAUUUCAUGGCUCAAUGAGACUCAGUGGCAGUCGCUCCAGGCGCUAAUUACUUUACCUCCAUUUAGAAGCUUCUUGUCGGAUCUGAAAGAGUCAGAACCGCGCUUUCGCGAAUGGUACAACUCGGCGAACCCUGAGCUUGAAAAGUUGCCGCUAGAUUGGCGUGAGCUGGAUAAGUCAGCGCCAUUCUUAAAGCUGCUCAUUGUCAAGUGUCUGCGGCCUGAUCGAUUCACCCAGGCAAUGAGCACUUUUAUAAUGCACGCGUUACCCAAUGGCAAUCAGUUUCUUAAUUGUGACUGCCAGCUCAACAGUUUUGCAAUAUUAAAGAGUGCAUUUGAGGAAAGCUCUCCAUGGACGCCUAUGUACUUCAUUCUCUCUCCAGGCUCGGACGUCGUGGUCGAUGUAGAUAAAUUAGCAUUGCAAGAACACAAAAGAGCUAAAAGCGUUGAUUACCACAAUAUAGCCCUUGGUCAAGGCCAAGAGCAGAUUGCCAUGAGAACGCUGCAAAUUUCUGUAGAAAAUGGUCACUGGGUGAUUCUAAACAACGUUCACUUGAUGCCAACAUGGAUGCUGGAACUCGACAAAUGGCUCGAGCAAUUGGCCAAGGAAAGUCGAACUGCGGCUUAUGCCACUCUCAAAAGCAAUCUCUCGAGCAGUAAAGAUGUCGUUGACAUUGGCACGAGUCCGCCCUUGCCAUUCUCGCCACCUGCUCGAGUUUUGAGCACGGACGAAACCUGUGAAACAGUGAUGUUACACCCAAACUUUCGUUUAUUUCUCACCAGUGACCCUUCCACAAACAUUCCGAUUGGCAUUUUGGAGAGGUCGAUCAAGCUUACCAAUGAGCCUCCGACAGGUUUACGUGCAAAUGUCAAACGAGCAUUUUGCUGCUUUUCAAAAGAUAGCGUUGAUGAGCUUGAGCCGCGCACACGUUGUAUCUUAUUUGCUCUUUGUUACUUUCAUUCGCUCAUGUUGGAGCGCAAAAAAUUUGGCCCUCAGGGCUUCAACAUGCUUUAUCCAUUCGCCGUCAGUGACCUGCUCGCAAGUAGCUUAGUUCUGCGAAAUUACAUGGAUAAUGCUCCUGCACGCGUUCCAUGGUCGAAUUUGCGAUAUUUGUUUGGCGAGAUAAUGUAUGGUGGUCAUAUUGUGAACGAAUUCGAUCGACUUGUAGCUACCACCUAUCUACAAUACUUUUUACGCGACGAAUUAUUGGAAGAGUUUUCAAUGCUCCCAUUCAAUGAUGUUGCAAACGGAGGUGGAAGUAGCGGACAAGAAGGUGAGCACAGUGGCGAUUCCAGUGCAGCCGGUGACAAAGGAGAUGUGUCCAAACGAGGGGCACAGCAUCGUCGUGACUUUUUGGCACCCAAGCUAUCCGCUAGUUUUGAUCUCAUUGUUGAGCAUAUUAAUACGUCACUAACGAAUGAGACCCCGACUGCUUUUGGCUUGCAUCCCAAUGCUGAGGUCGCAUUUCGAACCGAGAAUAGUCAAAAACUACUGCAAUCAAUGCUGCUUCUCACAUCGAAAGAAGAUCUGCAAGGAGAUGAUAGCUGUGACGAAGAGGUCGGUGUUUUGGAACUCGGUGAAUAUUCUGAUGUGAAGGAAACUAUCGAUACCAUUCAGCUGGCAGCUGAGGGAGUGUUACAAGAUAUUCUUGAAAGUUAUCGAGACUUACGCUUUGACAUUCAGGAAUUAAUGUUUCAAGAAACUUCCACCUCAAGCUCGCAGGAUGAUAAUUUUUCGCGGCAUGAAAGUGAUGGUAGUUGCUUGUCCAGGAAUGAACCACAGGUUGAUAAUCUGGAUCCUUUUCAAACAGUACUACUUCAAGAGUGCCAGCGAAUGAAUCACUUGCUAGAGAUCAUGACGGAUUCGUUGUCAGAGCUGGAGAUGGCGUACCGUGGUGACAUUCCACUAACUGAGGCUACCGAAAAGCUGCAGAUGCUCCUUUACUAUGAGCGUGUACCGGAUAAAUGGUUGACUGCAGCCUGUCUAUCCCGACGAUCGCUUGCGCCAUGGUUGACUACAUUACAACAACGUAUAGCACAGCUUCAGGAAUGGAUUGGGUCAGCCCCUGACUUGCCGCUAGUGCUUUGGAUGCCAGGUCUUUUUCAUCCACAAGCUUUUCUUACAGCAGUGCUCCAAACAGCAGCUCGCAAACGCAACAUUGAGCUAGACUCGCUGCGAAUCACAGUGGAUGUAACAAAACGCACCGUUGAUACGGUGGAUGCACCAGCAAGUGACGGCCAGUACAUCCAUGGUCUUUAUCUCGAAGGUGCGCGUUGGGAUUUUGGUAAUGGUUUACUUGAGUCUAGUCUGCCGCGAGAGAUGUACGCUUUAAUGCCUGUCCUCACAUGUCGCGCUAUCGUCAACACAGAAAAUAAAGAUCAAACAGGGGGAUUUGGAAUUGAUGGCAAAGGUGGAGCUAUCCGUGUAUACGAGUGUCCAGUUUACAGGACUCAAGAGCGUGGUCCGACAUUUCUUUUUACAUCACCACUUCGAACGAAAGUUCCGCCAGCCAAGUGGGUGCUCGCAGGAGUGGCUAUGCUGAUGGAGUUUGCCUGA